AUGGCCAAGACGAGGAAUUGCACUCCCUACGCCGCCUUCGUCUUCUUCUUCCUCUUCUAUUUACUUGAUGGCGUUAUUUGCUCCCGCGGCCGCGUAAUUGCAAUAAAUCUUGCUCAGAGCGGUAUCUCCGGAAGCCUUUCACCAGUACAUGGAAAUCUUACCUCACUCACGUCUCUUCAACUGGAGUUCAACAACAUUUACGACCCUCUACCUCGCCUCAGCAAACUCUACUCGCUCCAGAAGAUAUACCUCCAAUCCAAUGCCUUUGAUUCCAUCCCAAGUGGAUUUUUCAUCGGACUCUCCUCCCUCCAAGGGAUCUCUUUAGACGAUCUCCCUCUCACCCCCUGGAGCCUCUCCCAGGACAUCACUUCCGCUACUGGACUCGUCUACUUUUCUGCCAUCAACGCUUGCCUCACAAGGUUGAUUCCCGACUUCCUUGGCUCCUUGUUGAGCCUCGACAUCAUCCAUCUCUCUUACAACCAACUCACCAGCCCCCUCCCGAGCUCCUUCGCCGACUUGUCCUCACGAAACUCUUCCUUGAUCACCAGCAAUCUCGUCCUUGAAUCCUUCGAGGUCCAUGGCAACUCCCUCACGAGCAUUAUGCCACAGUCUCUCGCUGCCUACCUUUCACUUAGGAUUAUAGACCUGUCCAACAACAUGUUACAGGGCCCUCUUCCAUCGUUCGCCAGCAAAUCCUUCAUUCAGUUGUUAUUAUGCAACAAUAAUCUCACCGGAACAAUCCCUGAUAGCUUGGCUCAUAUCCAUAUUCUCAAAAUAUUAGAUGUCAAUAAUAACAACCUCAAUCGGAAUAUGCCAAAAUUUCGUACCUCUGUUAAGGUUGAAACUGAUGGAAAUCCCAAUCUUUGUAAAAACUCUGACUCAGGAGGUGAAAGCUCUUCUCCAACAAGUGGGGCACCUAGUCCUCCAGACAAACUAUCAAUUGUGGGUAUCAUCAUAGCUAUGGUGGUUCUUGUAGCUUGUUCAGUAGGACUUUUACUGCAUCACCUCAAGAGGAAGAACAAGAAGAAAUUUGAACUUAGCAUUGAGAGUGCAAAUGCAUAUCGUGAUGAACCUCAAAGCUUGCAUAUGUCUAUUAAAGCAUUGAAAACGACCACAAAUAAUUUCAGUGAGGAUUUUAUAUUGGACAAGGGCGGUUUUGGAAUCAUUUACAAAGGAAAUCUCAGUGGAACAUUAAUUGCUGUGAAGAAAAGUAUAUAUGAUUUGAUGAGUCAAAAUGGCCAACAAGAGUUCAAAACAGAGAUCGAUGUUCUUAGAAAGGAUUUGACAAUUGGAAAAGGCUUCUUCGCCUCAUACUAUGUGCGAGAGAAAGGCUGGAAAUUUGAUGAGACCCUCGCGACAUAUUGA